AAAAACGUCCCCGUCGUAGUAGUAGUAAAGCGUCGUCAGCGUCAGUUUCCGCCAUGACCGACGAUAGGCCGCACCGUGUUCCGCCGCGUUCAAAGGGCCGCUCGGCGUCGAUUUGCGCCACCGGUAGCUCGAGUAUGGAAGCGAUUCCGCCAGCGGGUAACGGCGAUGGUACGCCGCAGGCACAACGCAGACGAAGACCUGCCGCUAGGUCGCAGAGUGCCAGGAUGACCAACAGGAGAAGUGUCAGGAACAGAACUGCCCAACAAGCAAAUAAUGAAAAAACUCAAUACAACAGCGAACCCAAGUUAACCGAGGACUCAACCCCAGACGUUUCGCCAAAUAUCAGAAGAAAGGGCUCCCAAAGACGUGGUACCUCAGUAUACCAAAGAAAAUCCACGGCUUUCUUGGACGUACCUGAACGAAAAACUAGUGCUAGUCAUAGUAACACUGAAGGGGAGGAGGAUGAGGACAGCUACAGACUAAGGAGCUUCAGUUUUACAUCGAAAGGAAUAUUUGCGAAACAUACGGGAAUCGUAAACAGAGGAGACUCAUUUAGAAGAAGACGUUCACGAAGUAAUUCCCUCUGUCCUCCUUCAAUGGGAGCCAAUACUCCUUCUCCUGUAUUGGACGAUCACGUGGGUGAAGUGUCAAAUUAUACAGUAGCAUUACUUGGAGCACAGGGAGUCGGUAAAACUGCACUCAUUAGCCAGUUUAUGACUUCCGAAUGUAUCAAUGCGUAUGAAAGGCAAAAAGAUAUUUUAAUAAAAACACAAACAGUAUCAAUUAUGCUCAACGGUGAAGAAUCCGAACUGACUUUUCAAAACCUUCCCAAUUCCAAGGAAAUAGACAGGGUAAAUCCACCAGACGCUUUUGUAGUAUUAUACUCGGUGGUGGACAAGGCUAGUUUCCUGAAAGCGGAAGCAGAGCUGAAUAAAUUGCAUGACAUGGAUCUCCUGAGGAACCGACCUGCUAUUUUGGUGGCCAACAAAAUUGACUUGGCGAGGAGUCGAGCUGUUUCGACCCAAGAUGGUAAAUGCUUAGCCUGCACCACGAGAGCGAAGUUCAUCGAAAUAUCAGUUGGCAUUAAUCACAAUGUAGAUGAAUUGCUGGUGGGAAUUUUAACGCAAAUUAGACUGAAAGUAUUGAACUAUGAUGAACAUGGGCAUAGUCCACAAUGGUACAAGAGCAGAGGAGUGAUCAAAGCCAGUAUGAAGGCCCGACAAAUGUUCACGUGGCUUUUCGGCAAAGAAGAUUCCAAGUUCAAGAACUGCGAAAACCUACAUAUUUUAUAAGCCUCUUAAUAAGUUAAUUUUCCCUUGUGAAAAUCAUUUUUAAAAAUAUUUAAAAUUAAACUAUAAGUGAAAAAAUCAAAUUCAGUGUAACUUGAGGGCCAACGUUUCUACAACUGUUUUUUAACUUUCCUCUACAACUUUUUAUAUAGACUUCUGGGCCAAAUUGUUUACAUAGUCCUAUUAGAAUAUACAGGGUUGAAUAUCAAAUGUUAAGACAAUAUAGAGGCCAUAACGAAUAAUUCAAAUAAACAGGAACAAACAUUUUCAAAGCGUCUAACAUUUAAAACACAAGUUUGAGGCCUCUAUUAAGAGGUAUGCAAUUAAUUUGCAGAAUUUAUUCCUUUUUAGUAUUUCAUCUCUUUUACUAUGAACAUACCUCUUUAAACUGUUACUAUACUAUUAUAUACUUAGAUAGAAAUACAAUGUAACGAACUAGUGUGAUGUAUGAAAAAUGGUGAUAGUUAAGAUUUAAAAAAUCAAAACUGUAUCAUAUAAAACGCAUAUUAUUUUAGACAUAUGACAUAGAAUAGUCCGAGUAAUAAAAAAGAUUUAUAUAUCAGUAGAAUAGCAGGUAUUUUUGUUUUUUAAUUAAAAUAUGCCAAAAUAUAAAGGAUUUACUGCGAGGCCUGGUAUAUAUUUUCUCUUUAUGCCUAGAUGUAUUCUAUAUUAUUAAAUAUGCUUUCUUCCCAUUCUUCCCUUUAUCUACAACUUUUUAGAUUACUUUUACUGUAAUUUUAUAUAAGAUUAGGAUAGUAUAUAAUAUAUUUUCGAUACCUAUUAUACUUUAUUGUAAUUCUACUUUUAGUGUUAAAAUAAGUUAGAGCAAAUUAAACAAAA